GCCGCUUUCUUUCCGCGUCACUUUCGCUUUCGCUCUCCGGGCGGCGGCGGCAGCGCCGGGGCCUGCGGGCGGGGCGGCCGGUUCCGGGGGCUCUGGCGGUGGCAAUGGCAGCGCGGCGGCGGCCCGUGGGGCCGGUGGCGGGGCCGGUGUCGCUGGUGUCCGUGGUGGCGCUGGUGGCGCUGGCGGCGGGGGCGCCCGGCGGCCCGUUCCCCUGGGACGCGGUGCGGCUGCCCCCGCACGUGGAGCCGCUGCGGUACCACCUGCUCCUCCACCCCAACCUGAGCACGCUGAGCUUCGCGGGCCGCGCCGACAUCGAGCUGCGGGUCGCCCGGCCGGCCGGCGCCAUCGUCCUGCACGCCAAGGGGCUGCGGGUGGCGGCGGCGGCCGUGGCGCUCGGCGGGGCCGCCCCGGGGCGGCCGCUGCGGGUGCUGGAGCGGCGGGACCGGGAGCAGCUGGCGCUGCUGCCCGCGCAGCCCCUGCGCCCCGGGAACUACACCCUGAGCCUGCAGUACCGGGCCAACCUCUCCGACACCUUCCGCGGCUUCUACCGGAGCACCUACCGCACCCGGGACGGGGAGCUCAGAGUGCUUGCAGCAACGCAGUUCGAGCCGACGGCGGCGCGGAUGGCCUUCCCGUGCUUCGACGAGCCGGCCUUUAAAGCCACGUUCUCGGUUAAGAUCAGGAGGGAGCCGAAGCACCUCGCGCUGUCCAACAUGCCCAUUGUGAAGUCUGUGAGUUUAACGCCCUGGCUCGUUGAAGACCAUUUUGAUACGACGGUCAAGAUGAGCACGUACCUCGUGGCCUUCAUCGUUUCGGAUUUUAAAUCCAUCAGCAAAACGACCAGUCAUGGAAUUAAGGUUUCCGUGUACGCGGCGCCCGACAAGAUCCACCAGGCUGGCUACGCCCUGGACGCUGCGGUGAAGCUUCUGGACUUCUACGAGGACUACUUCAGCAUUCCGUAUCCGCUGCCCAAACAAGACUUGGCAGCUAUUCCCGAUUUCCAGUCUGGCGCUAUGGAAAACUGGGGACUGACCACAUACCGGGAAUCCGCGUUGUUGUACGACCCCGAGAAGUCCUCGGCGUCUUCUAAGCUGUGGAUUACUAUGGUCAUAGCCCACGAGCUGGCUCACCAGUGGUUUGGCAACCUCGUUACCAUGGAGUGGUGGAACGACCUGUGGUUAAACGAGGGGUUUGCCAAGUUCAUGGAGUUUGUGUCGGUCCGUGUUACCCACCCAGAGCUGGCAGUUGAAGACCAUUUCUUGAGGAGAUGUUUUGAUGCCAUGGAAGUGGAUGCACUAGAUUCGUCACAUCCCAUCUCUACUCCUGUGGAAGAUCCAGCUCAAAUCUUAGAAAUGUUUGAUGACGUUUCUUAUGAGAAGGGAUCUUGUAUAUUAAACAUGCUGAGGGACUACCUGACUGCUGAUGUGUUCAAAGCUGGACUUGUGCAGUACCUGCAGAAGUACAGCUACAAGAAUACGAGAAAUGCAGACCUGUGGAACAGCAUGACGAAUAUUUGCCCUACAGUGGGUACUGACAAAAAUGAACUAGAAGGUGGUGGUUUCUGCAGAAGCCAACAGUCGCCGUCAGCUGCACACUGGACGAAGGGAGAGGCUCUGGACGUGAGGGCGAUGAUGGACACGUGGACGCUGCAGAAGGGCUUUCCCCUGGUGACCGUGACGCUGAGAGGGAGGAACGUCCACCUGCAGCAGGAGCGCUACGUGAAAGGGGACGGUUCUCCCUCCUCCGCAGGUAGAUACUUGUGGCACAUCCCACUAACCUACAUUACCAGUAAAUCCAACCAGGUCCAGAGAUUUUUGAUGACAACUAAAGCAGAUGUCAUUAUCCUUCCAGAAGAGGUGGAGUGGGUUAAAUUCAACGUGGACAUGAACGGGUAUUACAUUGUGCACUAUGAAGAUGACGGAUGGGAUCGUCUCAUUAACCUUUUGAAAGAGAACCACACGGUGAUUAGCAGCAAUGACAGAGCAAGUCUCGUUAACAACGCAUUCCAGCUCGUGAGAACAAAAAAAUUGUCAAUUUCCAAAGCUUUUGAUUUAACUUUAUACCUGAAACACGAGCGACAAAUCAUGCCCGUGCUCCAAGGGCUGAGCGAGCUGAUCCCCGUGUACAGGCUGAUGGAGAGGAGGGGUGCGGGUGGCACAGAAAAACGCCUGCAGGAGUACAUAGUCAACCUGUUUAAGGAGCUGAUUGACGGUCAGUCAUGGAGCGACGAGGGGUCGGUGUCGGCGCGGCUGCUGAGGAGCUCGCUGCUGCUGUUCGCCUGUGUGCACCGGUACCCGCCCUGCGUGCGCCGGGCCACCGAGCUCUUCACUGAGUGGCAGAAAUCCAACGGGACCCUCAGGCUGCCGGCGGACGUGCGGAGCGCCGUGUACGCCGUGGGCGCGCAGACACCGCGCGGGUGGGAUUUCCUGCUCCGCAAAUACCGGCUGCACUCCUUCCACCUGGAGAAAAACAACAUCGAGUUCGCGCUCAGCCUCAGCGAACGCCAGGAGGAGCUGCGGUGGUUGAUGGAUCAAGGUCUGCGUGGCGACAUCAUAAGAACUCAGGAUCUUCCACACAUUAUUAUAUAUGUUGCCAAAAACCCUUCUGGCUAUCAUCUGGCUUGGGAGUUUUUGAAAGAAAAUUGGGAGAAAAUUGUAGAAAAGUUUGAGCUUGGUUCGAACUCCGUAGCAGGAAUUGUUGCGGGGGUGACGAGUCGGUACUCGACAAGGUCACAUCUUGCACAGGUGAAAGAAUUCUUCGGUUCUGCCGGGGAGAAAAGCGCUCAGCUUCGGUGCGUGCAGCAGGCGAUCGAGACCAUCGAGGACAACAUCGAAUGGAUGGACAGAAACUUCGAGGAAGUCAAAGCGUGGCUGCAAAACAACCACCUGUAAAUCAGGGCACCUCGCUUGUCUUUGUCGGAAACAACCGAAAAGCGCUGAGAAGCUGUGGAAGCUCAGGGACGAGGGGCAGCUGGGGUGUGUGAAUCGCUUCAUUUGUACGGAGCCGUGCGUCGGGCUGCUGCUCGUGGUUGUGUUUUGCUUGGAUAUGUUGACGCCUUUCGCUGAUCUCUCACCAGGGGAUAUUUUUUGAGACAUUUUUUGUUCAUCAAGCUGACGCGAUGGGGACACUGGAAAGAAAUAAUUGUCUUCUGCAAGACAACCCAAGAAACGUUGCACCGGCACAGCCGACCCAUCGGCGCCGUCCUGCAGAGCUGCCGGAGCCGCCGGCGCCUCCCUCGCCCCGCGGUUCAUCUCUCCGGGACAAUCGUCUUCACAAACACGCAGCUCAGAUCGUCACGUAAUUAAAAACAAACCCCAGGCAUCCACCGUGAUUAAAACGGCGUCUGUGGUGAACAAUGCCAGUGACUGGGGGGUCUAUUCCCAAGGCGAUCGCGGUGUCCCCGGCGUCCCCAGACGUCCCCGUGUCCCCGGCUCUGCCCGGCGCCUCAUCCUGGGCUCCAUCUGCACUGGAAUCGUUCUUGUGCUUUGGAUUUCCAGGAAACAAGAACGUACAUUUUGUGUGGGAAAAAUAAUAAAGUUGGUGGGUUUAACUUUA